AUGAGGUCCUCCUCAUCAAUAUUUACCUGCCUAUUUUCCAUAUUUGCCUUCCUCUGCAAAACUUCCUCCCCGCUGCCUGGAAAUAGUGCUUCUGAUCACCAAGCAUUGCUUUCAUUCAAGGCCAACCUGAUCGGAGAUCCUCUUCGUUCAUGGAAUGAGUCUACCCAUUUUUGCAAGUGGGUAGGAAUAACUUGUGGUCGCAAACACCAGCGCCAACGAGUUGUGAGAAUGAGUUUGGGGUCGAGCAACCUUCAUGGUUCCUUGUCGCCUGCAAUCGGGAACCUGAGUUGUCUUACAAUAUUGUCGCUCAAGGACAAUACGCUUGCAGGUGAAAUUCCUCAAGAGAUUGGUCGACUUACAAGGUUAAAUGAGCUCCAUCUCUCUAGAAAUACAUUUUCAGGUGAAAUUCCCAAAAACAUUUCCCAUUGCGUUAAUCUGAUGGUACUAUUUUUGGGGUUCAAUAAUCUAACGGGCAAGUUUCCAUUGGAGUUUGGAUCACUUUCCAAGCUCCAGUAUGUUGGGGUUGUCUUUAACCACUUGAUGGGAGAGAUACCUGCUUUCUUGGGCAAUUUUUCAUCCCUCCAGUAUCUUUCUUUUUCUGGAAAUAAUUUCAAGGGAAAAAUCCCUGCUUCUUUUGGGUGCUUGCCUCAACUUUUUGGUCUUUCUCUAUUCCAAAACAGCCUGACUUCUACCAUUCCCAUAUCCAUUUUCAAUCUCUCAUCAUUAACAACUUUUGAUGCACAAGAAAAUCAACUUCAGGGAUAUCUUCCUUCAAAUUUAGGCACUACUCUUCCAAAUCUAGAGUAUUUUAAUAUAGGUGAUAAUCUUUUAGUAGGACGGCUUCCCCCCUCGAUAUCAAAUGCAACAAGUUUGUGGCAUUAUGAUGUUCGUUAUAAUGGUUUUAUUGGAGGAGUCCCAUCAUUUAAUGGACUCAAACGGCUAAAAAUUCUAGUACUUUUUCACAAUCCACUCGGUAAUGGAAAAUCCACUGAUUUGAAUUUCAUGUCCUCCCUUUUGAAUAGUACUACUUCAUUAUUAUUCAUGGGCCUUGAUAAUUGCAAUUUUGGAGGGGUUUUGCCCAGAUUCAUAGGAAAUUUUUCAAACCUUCAAAAUGUUCGCAUUUACCAAAAUGUCAUAAGAGGAGAUCUUCCUAGUGAAUUUCAUCUUCUUGUUAACUUACAGCACUUGUACUUACAAGAAAAUCAACUAAGCGGUACUAUUCCAAGCUCGUGGGGAAGCCUUCAACAACUCAUUGGUUUAGCCCUUGAUGGAAACAAAUUGUUUGGUGAGAUUCCAUUUUCCUUGGGAAAUAUGUCCCUUCUCAGUCAACUUGACCUCCAAUUCAAUGAUCUACAUGGUACUAUACCUAUAAGUUUUGAAAAAUCUAAAAAUUUGUUAGAACUAGAUCUUUCUGGAAACAAAUUCCGAGGAUGUCUCCCAAAUGCCAUUUUCAAUACUCUUUCACCACUUGUGCAUUUAGACCUCUCUCACAAUCACUUUACAGGAUCUCUUCCUUUAGAGAUUGGUGGGUUGAAAAAUUUGGUCUUUUUAGACCUGUCGGGAAACAUGUUGUUAGGCACAAUUCCAAUUACCCUUGGGGCAUUGAGUAGCUUGACUAGGCUCAACAUCAGUGGUAACCUUUUCCAUGGAUCUAUCCCUCCUUCUAUAAGUUCUUUAAAAAGUAUUGAAAGUUUAGAUCUAUCAAGCAAUAACCUCACAGGAAAAAUACCAAAAUUGCUUGGUAAACUUCAAUACUUGAACCAAUUGAAUUUAUCAUUUAACCAUUUGGAAGGUGAGAUUCCUAUGGAAGGAGUUUUUAAAAACAAGACUGAAGUUGAGCUUGGUGGUAACAACCUAUUAUGUGGAGGUAUUCCACAAUUUGGGUUGCCAAAAUGCAAAACAGAAGGGGAAAAAAGACAACAUUAUUUGUCUCGUAUUCAGAGGUUGGCAAUUUUAAUUUCAAGUGGGACUUUGAUUCUGGCAAUUGUGGCUCUCAUUGUGUUCUUCGUUUACAAGCGGAAGAACAAGCGGUCUUUAACAUUGGAUGCAACAAUCGAGUCCAUGCCUAAGUUGUCGUAUUGGAGUAUCCAGAAGGCAACCAAUGGAUUUUCUAAAUCCAACAUAAUUGGUUCGGGAAAAUUCAGCACCGUUUACAAAGGCAUUCUUGAUGGUAGUUUGAGUUUGGAUAUUGUUGCAAUUAAGGUUCUCAAGCUUCAAGUGAGAGGAGCAUCUAGGAGCUUUUUGGCUGAAUGCGAAGCAUUGAGGCAAAUUAGGCAUCGAAACCUUGUAAAAGUUUUAACCUCUUGUUGCAGCAUAGAUCAUGAGGGUAAUGAUUUCAAGGCCAUUGUCUAUGAGUAUAUGGCCGGUGGUAGUUUGGACAAUUGGUUGCAUAAUCACUCAACAGACGUGGAAGAAAAUCAUGAUGAUUCCAGGAUUUUGAACUUGUCGCAGAGAGUAAAUAUUGCACUUGAUGUGGCAAAUGCACUUAAUUAUCUCCAUAAUGAUUUGGAGACACUUUUAGUGCAUUGUGAUUUGAAGCCAAGCAAUAUUUUGUUGGAUGAAGGCUUUGUCGCUCACGUGGGUGAUUUUGGAUUAUCAAAGUUUCUUCCAAUAAAUGCAUCUUCAUCCGAACAAAUGAAUUCUCUAGGAAUUAAGGGGACUAUUGGAUAUACUGCUCCAGAGUAUGGAAUGGGAAGUGCAGUAUCAACUCUUGGUGAUAUGUAUAGUUAUGGAAUUCUUUUAUUAGAAAUAUUUACUGGUAAAAGUCCUACUAGUUAUAUUUUUAAUGAUUGUCUAAAUCUUCAUAACUAUGUCAAAAUGGCCAUACCUGACCACGUCGUCGAGAUUAUGGACCCAAAACUAUUUCACAAAGAAGUUGAUGCAACACCUGCCACUUUUGUACGUCGAGAUCGAAUUCUAGAAUGCCUUGUAUCUAUUUUUGAGGUUGGAAUUGCUUGCUCAGUGGAGUUACCAGGAAAAAGGAUGAACAUUGGUUGUGCCAUUAAAGAAUUGAGUUCAGUCAAAGACAACCUAAUGGAACUGGGAGACUUUGAGGCCAUUUCUUUGUAGGAUUCAUAACUAUUACAUAUGCACUUUGUUGUUUUCGAUCAUGUUGGUGGAAUGUUUUGCAAUUUGUAAUGUAUUGUCAUUACAUUGUAAUUUAACAAAUAAAUAGGUUC